AUUGGGUCUUGGAAAACAAGCCACUUCCUGAUUGCUCAUGUGACUUGUGUUUUUGACAUCACAGAGAAGGUUUGACAGUUUUUGGAUUUUUGGACUGAAUUUAACCUUUAGCUUUUAGCUAACAUUAUAUUAUUUAUUUUCGUCAUGUCCAGCAGUUACCAGAUAGUGGUACAGGGCGAGGCCUCUGAGACAGACUCUGAUGAUGAAGUCUACAUCACCUCCAUGACUGUUCCCCAAACUGCCACAGUCGGAGCCAAGGUUCCUGGGGAGGCGUCUGAAACAGACAGUGAGGGUGAGGAGGAGCAGGCGGGCCGAGCCUCCUCACUGAGUCAGGAGAGUGUUCAGAUACUCAGGAGAGACCUGCCUCCUCUUAUCGUAGUUAGAGACCAUCCUGAUAUCCAGUCGAUAGUGGAAGACAGGCCUAGUCCCACACACAGGCCACAAGGUGACACCCUUUUACAGCAGAAGCUGCAGGAAUCUAACAGCCGACUGUAUUCUGACUUGGGACAGACACUACGGCAGGUUUAUGGCAGUGCCAGUAGAGAGAUACACAGUGCAACAGCUCAGCUGAAUACUUCGCAGAGUGCCAUCAUCAAUGCCUCCCACAGCAUCAGAUUAAUCCUGGAUGACCUAAAGGCUGUGUCCGAGAAGAUGGACAUCAUCACCAGCUGUCAGAUACUGCCCAAUAUUAACAUCAAUAAUCCAAACAAUUGUACUUCUCCUGUACCUUAAAGAAACAAAUAUAUAUAUACAGUAUAUAAAAUUGCAUAGCAUUAUGGGUCUAUGUUCAUGUAAUAUCAGAGAGUAGGAUUCAAGAUGGAAAAAAUGACAUGUUAGCAUUACUUCAGUGUUUACAGAAAGCAUACGAACAGAUUUGUGUAUUUAACAGCCACACACUUAUAUGAAGUUCUGUCAUCCUAUGUUCUGCAGCUGUCUUCCAGGGUUACACUUUGAUUCACAUAGUAAUUUAUUGACAAUAUUGUUUUUUUCCCCCACAGUUCUUUGUAAAUAUUAAUAUUACACAACAUAAUCCUUUAAACCAUUGUACUCUGAUUUUUACGAGGCACAACCUUUUUCUAUCUUUGCUGUUUUCUGGUCCUCUGUGAUGGGUCAAGGAGGCAGACUUGUACAAGUUUCUCAUGCUAUAAUUCACAUAUUUCUUUCUUUUUGUUGUUUAACAUUGUAAAAUAAUUGUAACUCACUAAUAUAAACUGCUUUUGUUAGCAGCUUGAACGCUGUUACAUGUUUUUACAGUAAAUGUGUUGGCUGGAAUCAGAAAGUGUCUCCAGAGCUGUAAUUCUUAGAAGCAAGAGCUCAUAGCUGCUGAUGGUUCAUUAAUGUGGCUUUAAAUUAAAGUUAAGGUGGAGGUGAUUGAAACAAAUCUGAAGAACUUUUUCUCUUGAAAUUUAUUGGUUUUAAAACAAAAAAAACAGCAUCAAACAAGCAGAAAAUAAAUACAUGCAUAUAUUGCAUACAUAUUGCAAACACAAUUAACAAAAUGAUGUUAAUUUUCAAAGUUGGUUAACUCACAGAAAAUCAAUAGCACAUACAAUGUUCCCAGUGUUGGUCAAACAUCAAGAUUUGAGGUAACCUAAUCACAGUUACAACAGGUCGUUCGUAUCAAACUGAACACCAGUACAUUAUCUUCAACACUAACAAAAUAAGAGACUAAUACAAUA